AUGAACAGAAGUUUCAACGGCUGCUGGACCUGUCGACUUCGGCGCAAGAAGUGCGAUGAGCAGCGUCCUAGGUGCAAUGAAUGCCUGACGCUUCACAUCUCCACCUGCAACUACGGCAAAAAGCCGGCAUGGAUGGACGAUGGUGUAAAGCAGGAGGCCAUGGCCGAGCAGAUCAAGAACGAGGUCAAGCAGCAGGCUCCCUAUCGCCGUCGCGGUAAGAGGGAGUCGGUGGCUACCUCUAAUACCAAUGUCUCUAUUCCCGAAUCUGGAGAUCAGACCGAAGCCAGUUCUUAUAUGGAUGAAUCCAACACGACUCCUUCAGAUCCACCAGAUGCCGCUUCUCCUAUUAACACCAAAAAUGUAUGUAAGGAAGUACGAAAGAUGAGACCGUUCGCACAGUCGGAUUCGGUGCUGCUAGUCUUCUACCUCGAACGCAUCCUCCCUUUUCUGUUCCCUUUCUACCGGCCUGCGCCGCUCCAUGGAGGCCCAGCAUGGAUUCUAGAUCUGGUCAUCAGCAGCCCCGUCAUCCGUCAAGCUAUCCUUUGCCAGAGCUCAUAUUUCUUUGCAUUAGCACACGAUACCUCUACCAUUACAGACGAUCGUAUGUGGGAAGCCUUACUUGAGCAAACGAAGGAUGCAUUUAACAUGCUACGCAAUUCCAUUCAGAUUAUCGAGAGCUACGACGAGAAUGAGCAUGUACUUAGCAGCGUUCGCACUAUGGCCGCUAUCAUUCAGCUGCAACGUUUCGAGAUUGCCAUUACAUGUUUCGACAACUGCCAGGCGCAUCUCAAUGCGGCCCUGACAAUUUUCAAAAAAGUCGUCGAUGUUGUUGGAGCUGUCAACCUCGCUAGCUCUUCCACCACGUUCCAAACUAUCCUCCGCCUCCUUGGCCCCCCAACAUGGAUCCUACCAGCCCAACAAGCUGAGGUGUCUAGCUCCGAGCAAGCCGCCUUUCGCUUUUCAACCGCCCUUUUGCUUUUUGAUGAUAUUAUUGCGAGUACUGCCUUGCAGGAGCGUCCACAACUGUACGAAUAUCACCACAGUCUCCUAUGCAAAAAUAGUGGGAUCGAUAGCGUGCCGCCAAUCAACCUUGAAACUACUAUGGGGUGUCAAAACUGGGUACUCGAGCAAAUCGGCGAGAUUGCUGUUUUGGACGCAUGGAAGAAACACUGCAAGGCAGCCGGGAACCUGGACGUUGGCGAGCUGGUACAUCGCGCAACAGCUAUCAAGAAAACGCUAGAGGCUCACCUCUCGUGUUUCGAAAGCGAGUUAGUGUCCGUGCCUCAGGAGAGCAGUUUACUAGACGACAUGUUCGCCGCGGAAGACUACUCCGGCCAGGCUCGGACCAUAGCUCGACAAAGCUCAUUGAUGACACGGAUCUGGGCGCACAGUACCUUCCUCUACCUAUCUGUAAUCGUAUCCGGGUGGCAGCCUGCCAACGCCGAGGUGCGGCAUCAUGUAGCUCAGGUCCUCGAGCUGUUAACGCACCAUGUGUCGCCUCCGUCCCUGUUGCGUACCAUGGCCUGGCCGUUCUGCGUGGUAGGUUGCUUGACAGAGACUGCGCAAAAAGCCUGUAUACGCGAGAUGGUGGACUCGCUGCGGCCAGCUAGUCGCUUUAGCACUGUGCGCCGCGGCUUUGAUAUCGUGGAAAGGGUGUGGAAUGAUAGGGAGAUGGGCAAUGCUGGCGAAUUCGCUACGUAUUUUCAAAGUGAUACUAUGCUUGCCCUACUUGUUUAA